GGAUAUCCCCCUCGCGCUCCUUUCUUCUUCUUCUUCUUCUUCUUCACUUUUCUCUGUUUCAAAGCAUUCUUUAGAGAGAGAAAGAUACAAAGCUUUUUUCUUUCCCUCGUUUUUCUUAGAGAGAGAAAAUGCAUAAUUCUACUACACCACUUUAAUUACUUCUCCAAAAAAUUCAACUUUUUUUUGUUGUUGAGAAUACUUGGUGCAACAAACAACCUGCGAGGACUGUUUUUUUUUUAUUCCUUGUUUGUUUUUUAUUCUGUUAGCUAAACAGACAAAAGGGCUCUUCUGGAUCUAAAUUUGCAUCAAUUUAAGGUUAGGUGCUUGCAAUGGGAACCAGUGAGGAAGAGAAAUCUACCAAGACUGAAAAGCCUUCUUCACCUUUAACAGCGGAUCAGACCAAUAACCAGGCAAAUAUUCAUGUCUAUCCUGAUUGGGCAGCCAUGCAGGCAUAUUAUGGGCCAAGAGUUGCCAUGCCACCAUACUACAAUUCACCUGUGCCUUCUGGUCACACUCCUCACCCAUAUAUGUGGGGGCCACCACAGCCUAUGAUGCCACCUUAUGGACAUCCUUAUGCAGCAAUGUAUCCACAUGGAGGGGUUUAUACUCACCCUGCAGUUCCUAUUGGGACACAUCCACAUAGUCAAGGAAUUUCAUCUUCACCUGUUACUGGAACUCCUUUAAGCAUAGAGACACCUCCCAAAUCAUCUGGAAAUACCGAUCAGGGUUUGAUGAAGAAAUUGAAAGGGUUCGAUGGCCUUGCAAUGUCAAUAGGCAAUGGCCAUGCUGAGAGUGCAGAGCCUGGAGCUGAAAGCAAGCUGUCACAGAGCGUGGAUACUGACGGUUCAAGUGAUGGAAGUGACAGCAACACUUCAGGGGCUAAUCAAACAAGAAGGAAAAGAAGCCGUGAGGGAACACCAACCACUGAUGAUGGAGAAGGCAAAACUCAUACACAAGGUAGUCAAGCUUCCAAAGAAAUUGCAACUUCUAAUAAGAUGAUGGCAGUUGGACCGGUAGUUUCUUCAGCGAUGACCACUGCACUGGAGCUGAAAAAUCCUUCCAGUGUUAAAUCUAAAACAAAUCCAACAAGUGCCCCACAACCUUCUGCUGUGUUGCCUCCAGAGGCUUGGAUGCAGAAUGAGCGUGAACUGAAACGUGAGAGGAGGAAACAAUCAAAUCGUGAAUCUGCUAGGAGGUCAAGACUAAGAAAGCAGGCUGAGGCCGAAGAACUGGCACGAAAAGUUGAAUCCUUGAAUGCUGAGAGUGCGUCACUUAAAUCAGAAAUAAAUCGACUUGCUGAGAGUUCUGAAAAACUGAGGAUGGAAAAUGCUGCAUUGAAGGAAAAAUUCAAAAUUGCUCAACUAGGACAACCAAAAGAGAUUAUUUUAAGCAGCAUUGACAGCCAGAGGAUUACACCUGUAAGUACAGAAAACUUAUUAUCAAGAGUUAAUAACAAUUCAGGUUCUAAUGAUAGAGCCAUGGAGGAUGAGAAUAGUUAUUGUGACAACAAACCAAACUCUGGUGCAAAGCUGCAUCAACUACUAGAUACAAGUCCUAGAGCUGAUGCUGUAGCUGCUGGUUGAUACAAAAAACCAUAGUCAUGUAAUUUUGGCAUAUUACAAACCCAAAAUUACUGCUAACAGUUUUCUGAGAGAUGGAUCAGCUGAAUUUUAGUAUCUAAAUCCAUCAAAACCAGAACUAAUUAAUUGCUCAUGAUCAUCAGUUACUUUACUUAGGACAAAGAAGUCUUUAUUCUAUUUAGAUUUGACAAAUAUGGAUGACUACUAAAGUUUGUAUAAUGAAGAGAACUAGAGAUUUUUAGUUUAGAGAAGGAUGUUGAACUGUUACAUAAUAUGGUGUGUAUUAAUGUCUUCAUGAUUGGUGUGCACCUUAUAAUGGUGUCUAAUAAAGGUAUUAUGGCUUUUUCAUUGA